UCAAUUUUCAACUGUCAAAUUUUGUCAAACGUCGCCGAGCAAAAACAUACAUCGAACAUCACGUUUUUCCUCAACAAUUGCAUUGUAAUUACUCGAAAUGAAGAAACACCAGACGCGGCAGAAGAUCAGCGACCCCGUGAUCGUGUCGCGCGUCAAGAACUACCUCGCGGAGAAUGUGGACAAGACGUUCGUCGACGUGAGCCAAAUGGCGCGAUCUCUGAAGGAGCGCUACCGCGAAUACAACAACAGAAGCGACAGCGCUUUCUGCCAGAUGGUCGAGAACGCGUACAAGGUAGUCCUACAAAGCUACGGGUUAGACGGAGCGACGACCAGCGAGGCUUCAGAAGAGGAGUCGGACAUGGAGAUGAGCGGUAGCAUGAUCAAUGACCAUCUGCUGCAGAUGUACAAGAUGCAGGACAAGAAGCGGCCCGCCGCCGCCGCCGCGCGGAGAGACAAGCCCGAGGAGCCCAUCGACAUCCUCAGCAGCGACGACGACGGCGGACAGGCGCCCAAACUACCAAAAAUCAAUGACCAAAUCACCAUCACCCCACACAUACCCACCAAGAACACUAACAGCACUUUAAUUGUGGAGGACACGCCGAAAUCUCACCAGAAAUCUACCAAUGACAAGAAAAGGAAGAAUGAGUCCAGUAAAGGGCCAGCGCCAAAGAAAAAGUUCGAUUCUAUGGCACCUAAGACUGUGAAAGUGAACUUUGAAGACAUUGGUGGCAUUUCAGAGAUUCUGACUCAGAUUUGUGAUCUUAUUUUGCAUAUGAAGCACCCUGAAGUGUACCAGCGGCUCGGUAUAAAGUCUCCGAGAGGGGCCCUCCUGCACGGACCUCCAGGGACAGGGAAAACACUGAUAGCUCAUGCAAUAGCGGGGAAACUGCAGCUACCCCUUGUUGCUGUGUCGGGCACUGAGCUAGUUGGUGGGGUCUCGGGAGAGUCCGAAGAGAGAAUAAGAGAGCUGUUUGAGAGAGCCUCGUCUGUUGCACCAAGUGUAUUAUUCAUUGAUGAGAUAGAUGCAGUCUGCGGCAACAGGAUACAUGCACAGAAAGACAUGGAGAAAAGAAUGGUGGCUCAAUUACUUGCUAGUUUAGAUGCCCUAAGUGAAAAUGAAAGUAAUGUUUUAGUUCUUGCUGCUACAAAUAACCCAGAUGCCUUAGAUCCCGCCUUACGACGUGCCGGUCGCCUUGAACAAGAGAUUACACUAGGUAUACCCUCACUGAAAGCCAGGAAAGAAAUCUUGGCUAUUCUCUGCAGAAAUUUAGUUUUAGGUGAUGAUGUUGACAUGAGUGCUUUGGCACAAAUCACUCCAGGUUUUGUGGGAGCCGAUUUACAAGCUUUAGUGAAUAAAGCUAGCACUUAUGCUGUAAAGAGAGCCUUCAAGGACAUAAGAGCCAUUGAAAAAGUACAAAAACUAGUUAAGGAGGCUGAGGUGGCUAAGCCAAGUGAGGAGGUCAAGGUGACAAAUGGUGACAAGACUGAAGAAGCAGUGCCACCUGAAGGUGGAGGAGAUGCUACUGAAACAGUUCCUACUGAGAAUACUGAACCUGAAAAGGCAGAAGAGCCUACAAUAGAACCUGUCAAUAAUGGAGUGGUAACUGAGGCUAACAUUGAAGACAAAGAAGAAAUACCUGCCCCACCUGAAGACCCGAAUGCUGAGGCACUGAGUCUUCUUGAAAAUACCAAGCCUUACUCAGCUGAGCAGUUAGCCAGUCUAGCUAUCAAGCAAAUAGACUUUGUGGAAGCUUUAAAAACUACCAAACCUUGCGCCGUCAGGGAGGGUAUAGUGACCGUGCCCGACGUCACAUGGGACGACGUGGGAUCGCUCAGACAAGUGAGGAAGGACCUCCAACUAGCCGUCCUGGCUCCCGUCAAGUAUCCAGAACAACUGAAGAAGCUCGGCCUCGCGUCGCCCAGUGGCGUGUUACUCUGCGGCCCUCCUGGUUGCGGGAAAACAUUGCUCGCCAAAGCCGUGGCCAACGAAGCCGGCGUCAACUUCAUAUCAGUGAAAGGCCCAGAGCUACUGAACAUGUACGUUGGUGAGAGCGAGAGAGCAGUCAGGACUUGCUUCCGUCGCGCGCGUAACUCCGCCCCUUGCGUGAUAUUCUUCGACGAGUUCGAUGCUCUAUGUCCGCGGCGCACGCAGCAAGACAACAACGGAGCCGCCAGGGUUGUCAACCAGCUGUUGACUGAGAUGGACGGUAUCGAGAGUCGGGAAGGCGUGUUUGUACUCGCGGCGUCCAACCGGCCGGACAUCAUCGACCCCGCAGUGUUGCGGCCGGGCCGUCUGGACCGCGUCAUGUACGUCGGCAUGCCAGCGACAGAGGACCGAGUCGACAUACUACGGAAGCUGACCAAAGGCGGAGCGCAACCUCAACUAAGAUCUGACGUAGACUUCGAAGUGCUAGCUGGCUUGACGGAGGGCUACACGGGCGCCGACCUAGCUGGGCUAGUCCGCGCCGCCGCUACCCACGCCCUCACACAACACAUAGCCAAAGGAACCCUCGAGGAAGACAUCUUCGUUACAUUCGACAACUUCCGUGAGGCGAUCAGUAAAUGCAAGCCUUCAGUGUCCAGCAAGGAACAGCUGCAUUAUGAGAAGUUGAGGGUCAAGUACGCUUCAGGAUUUGAUGACAAGGAAAUGGAAAUGGAGACGGAGGGAGUGACGAACGAAGAGUCGAUGGACACUGUGUGAGAAUCAUUCGUAUUGUGAUGUUUCAUACAAAUAUAGCACCACAAUCACUGCAAUAAGCCGUGUGUAGAGUAUCAUUGGAUUAAAGUGCCAAGUUGCCUGCUGUAUGUUUCCAGUGAAUGUCAAUGUUAUUUACAAUUAGUUUAAAAUGUGGUAGAGAGUUUAUAGUUUCGCAAGAGAUCCCGAUAUUUUUUUCCAAACUGUUAUCAUCCCAUAAGUGAGAGUUGUGACUGUAUUAAGGGUAUAAUUAAUUACACACUUUUAAUUAAAUAAAAAAUAAUUUUAUAAA